CUCUACUGUGUAAUUUAGCACUUGGUAGGGGUUAUAGCGGGACAUAGACAUGGACUCGAUACAACUACCCCAUAUACCAAUCACUGUCUUCACUGGAUUUCUCGGCGCAGGCAAGACCUCCGUCAUCUUGUCACUCCUUCCGCUACUUCCAAAGGAUUAUAGAGUGGUUCUGCUCAAGAAUGAGUUCGGAGACGUCGAAGUGGACAGCCAGUUGGCGAAGCAGUCCAGCUUGACUGCCGUCAGUGAGAUUUUGAACGGCUGCAUGUGCUGCGUGCUCGUAGGCCAAAUGGAAACAGCCCUUCUCGAGAUCCGAGACAAAUACCGCCCUGACCGGAUAAUCAUUGAAUGCUCAGGAUCCGCUUUUCCUGCCACACUGGCGUUCCAGAUCCGUGAGCUCGAGCGACAGACAAACAAUGACCUUCGACUUGACGCAAUAGUUACCGUCAUCGAUGCUGAGAACUUCACGGGGUACGAAGAUACUUCCCCCACAGCCAAGAUGCAGGCAAGCUAUUCGGAUAUCAUCCUUAUCAACAAGCACGAACUUGUCGACGAACGCGCCCUAGACGUACUGAUCGAUAAUCUCAAUACCCUGAAUCUCGACACUCCCAAGAUCAAAUGUAAUGGUCGUAACGGUGUUGACCCAAACGUUCUUUUUGGAAUCGACUCCAAGCUCUCCAAGGAUCCAGUUGCCCAAGGUAGCGAAGACCACCAUGAUGAAGUGAAGACACUCACGGCGUACCGGGGAUUCCUACCGGCGUGCCACAACCAUGAACAUCACGAUAGAGAAACUUGCAUCUCGCAUACGGAGGUGGAUGUUGACAGGGGUAUGCUUGAGAGUGCUCUCGCCUCUCUAAACAAGGAAAGCGUUUGGCGAGUCAAGGGAUUUGUCCGCUUAGAUUCUGCAAUUUGGAUCUUGAACUGGGCAUUUGGUCGGUAUGAUCUCACGCUAUCGAAGGGAGAUGCAUCUUUUAUGCAAGAUGCGUCCAUAAGGCUCACCAUCAUGGGAGACAAAUACGAGUUGAAUCGCAAACCCAUUCCAGUGGCGGUCAAGAAGUUUUGUGCCGAUCUUCAGGCUCAAGUAGUAUAGAUUACGUAUGUCUUACCAUACGUGUCUACUAAUAAUUGAAAUUUGAAUAUGUGCCGCCGAGAA